CUUUGUCCUCCGCUGCCGCAUCGACCAGCACUGGUCGCUGCAAGGCCGGCAACCGCAAGCGUCGCGCCGAGAAGAAGCGUCAGGCCGACGAGGCGCUCGCCCGCCGUGCCAAGGCUACGCGCGCGCACCACAACGCGCGCAUGUUCGGCCACAAGCAGGCACCUGCUGGCCCGUCCAGGCUCUAA